GCGCUGUGGAAAGUGCGAAUCAUGCCAGCGAAAAGGAGAGCGAUGAAAAAGACAAACUCGAAAAUAAUACAACCGAAGCUACAACUGAUUCGGAAGAUCUCAAUGAAAAGGGCGGGUCCACAGAAAAGGAUACCAGUGAACAGCUUGUCGAAAGUAGUUCCACAUACAUCGAUAUUACCGCUGAGGAAAGUCACGAUAUUAGAAUAAAACCCGAUUCCGCAGAUAUAACCGACAACUCAAAGGACAAGGAAACUAUGAGCAAUGAAGACGAUAAUGUAACUAACGCAGCCAAUAUACAGCACCACUACACCAACUUGCCACCAGCUGAGCAAACAGAAUCAAAUGAAAGACAGGAACCCAGCAGUGAAGUAGCAACAGAAAUUGAAGUGACUACGGCGCUGCCGGUCGAAGAGAUUAUCACGACCGAAAAGAAUGCUGUAGAACAUGAAAAUGAAAGCGCAGAACAUGAAACCGUUACUGAUGUUACGAUAAUGAUAUCUGAUGAAAUCGACAGCACAGAAUCCGAUGAAGAUCCCUAUAUUAAACUUGGUGAGACCACUAUAAAAUACACUGAAAGCUUGAACAACGUUGAUGUGUCGGACAACGUCAUGAGCGCCGAAGAGGAGGCAACAAGCACUGAAGGCGCUGAUAUUGAGCCAACGUCACCAACGCUGCCACAACCGAUACAAGUGGAUGUGUCGGAGUCAACGACGCAAGAUGUGCAGCAGUCUAACGAAGAGGCUGAAGAGGAAUCCCAGCCAACGCAGUUUGCUGAAAACGUAGUUGCAGCACAGCCAUCAAAAGAGGCAGAUGCAAUUACAAACACAUCUGUGGACGAGGCGAACACGCCAGAUUCGAUCGAGCAAAGCGAUGUAACCGAACAAGCUCCAACUCAGCAAACAACAAAUCCGAUUCAAACUUUUGUUACACAACAACGACCUCAA